GGGCCUGGCCGGGUCGUAGCCCUCCCUUCCUCCUCCUCCUCCUCCUCCUCCUCUCUCUCUCUCUCCCCCUCUCUCUUUGCGCACAGGAGGAGCGGAGCAAGCCAGGGAGCCCUGCCCGGCUGCUGCCUGGCUGGCUGGCUGGCUGGCCAGCGAGGCCGGGCGUGAUGCAUCUGCACCAGGUGCUCACCGGAGCCGUCAACCCGGGCGACAACUGCUACUCGGUGGGCAGCGUCGAUGACACCCCGUUCACGGCUUAUGGCUCUGGGUGCGAUAUUGUCAUCUUGGCCAACGACUUCGAAUGCGUGCAAAUUAUUCCUGGUGCUAAGCAUGGAAACAUCCAGGUCAGCUGUGUGGAAUGUUCCCAGCAAGGCAGGAUUGCUGCGUCUUAUGGAAACACUGUGUGUAUUUUUGAGCCCCUGGGGGUAAAUUCUCAUAAGAGAAAUUGUCAACUCAAGUGUCAAUGGCAGAAAACUGGACAAUUUUUCCUCACUUCCAUGACCUUCAACUUGGCAUGGGAUCCUCAAGGGAAUCGCUUGCUCACUGCAACAGAUAAUUUGCAGCUGUGGGCUCCUCCUGCCAAGGAUGUGUUGGAAGAAGAAGACGAGGAAGGAGAAGACCCCAACCUCGGGGUCAAAGAUGAGAAAAUCCACCCUGUUCUAAAUGAUUGGAAAUGCAUCUGGCAGUGCAGGACGGCAGUUUCUGUCCACUUGAUGGAGUGGUCGCUGGAUGGCGAAUAUUUUGCAACAGCUGGGAAGGAUGACUGCCUCUUAAAAGUCUGGUAUCCCAUGAUGGGUUGGAAAUCGUCUCUACGUCCCCAAGAGGGAGAUGAAACCAAAAAAACAUCUGCCUCGACCCACUUUGCAUUUGUCUACCUUUCGCAUCCCCGGGCAGUGACGGGGUUUUCAUGGCGACACACUAGCAAGUUUAUGCCCAGGGGAUCUGUUUGCAACGUGCUCCUGACUUCGUGUCAGGAUGGUGUUUGCAGGCUGUGGGUGGAGACGUUGUUGCCCGAAGAUACGCUUUUGGGAGAGCAGAUCUGUGAGACCAGCACGUCAAGCAUCGGUUCCAGCACCAGCUUCUCGCAUUCAGGAAGGCACAAAGACAACAUUCAGCAUGCUUUGGAAACAAUCCAUCAUCUGAAAAACCUGAGGAAGGGUCAGCGAAGGUCUUCGGUGCUUAUCACUCAUGCGGAAGACUUACCCAACCAGUUGGGAGUCCAUGAAGUGCAGCGCCAUAUCUCUCACCAUGCUAAUGCGCUCUGCCAUUUCCACAUAGCUGCAAGCAUUAACCCCAACACUGAUAUUCCGCCGGCUUUGGUGAAGACUGCUUUUAAUUUCGACGAAGGCAGUGAAGGCUUUGUGGUUCAUUGGCUAAAUAAUAAGGAAUUCCAUUUUACAUCCUCCACGGAAAUAUUUAUGCAGCACUUACGAGAACUGGCAGAUCAGCAGAUGAAAGGAGCGGAAGAAGAUGUGUUUGAAAGGAGAGGCGAAGGGAAAGAGAGAGGCUUGCUCAUGAAACUUGAUCAUGAGUUGUCUCUGGACAGAGAGUCCGAAACGGGGACUGGCUCCUCAGAUCAUGAGGAUGGAGAAAAGGAGGGAAGUCCCAAAAUCCUUUCUCCGGCUGCUUCACCAGUUCCUCUUCCUACCGUCUUGCUUGACCGGAAGAUUGAAAUUCUGCUUAAAGAAUGGAACCAAAAUCCAGAUAUGCUCUUCACCAUUCACCCCGUGGAUGGGACCUUUUUAGUGUGGCACGUGAAACAUCUAGACGAAUACAGCCCAGGCAUCUUUCGGCAAGUCCAGGUAUCCUUUUCUUCUCAGAUUCCCGUGGCCUUCCCGUCAGGCGACGCCAGUUCCCUCAGUAAACAUAUCAUGAUGUAUGCCUGCCCAACCUUCUCGAAGGAAAGCAGUGGUGUCCCAGCGUGGAAAAGAACUAGCAUUUCGGACAGCCUUUCUGGAAGUAGACCCAGCAAAUUCCAGGAUCAGUCCAGUGGAAACCUGUCCGCUCCCACCGUCAUGAUGAUCUCCAAACACAUCGACGGCUCUUUAAACCAGUGGGCCGUUUCUUUCGCGGACAAAUCCACCUUUACCACGGUCCACACCGUAACUCACAAGUUUCGGUACUGCGGCCAUCGGUUCCACCUCAAUGACCUGGCUUGCCAUUCGGUGCUCCCACUGCUGCUGACCUCGUCCCACCACAACGCUCUUCUGACUCCCGAGGUUGAUGCCCCGUGGGAUUUGGAAGGACCGAGUAAAUCGGCAGAUCCCGUGCGUCCCACUCUGAGGACCCCCGCCAAGCAGCACCUUCAAAAUGCAGCCACCCGUACGUUCUACAACCCGGAUGCGAUCUACAGUGAGCUGAUCCUUUGGCGAGUGGAUCCCAUUGGGCCUUUGUCCUACACGGGAGGAGUAUCGGAACUGGCACGCAUUAAUUCUCUCCAUACUUCUGCUUUCUCGAACGUGGCCUGGCUCCCAACUCUUAUCCCUAGCUAUUGUCUAGGGACAUACUGCAAUUCGGCCAGCGCCUGCUUCGUGGCGUCCGACGGGAAGAACUUGAGGCUGUAUCAAGCUGUGGUCGAUGCUCGGAAGCUGUUAGAUGAACUCAGUGAUCCCGGAGCCUCUAAACUGAUCGGAGAAGUGUUCAACAUUGUAAGCCAGCAGUCCACAGCUCGGCCAGGAUGCAUUAUUGAGCUGGAUGUCAUAACUGACCAGUGUGGGUCCAACACACAAUUACUUCAUGUCUUUCAAGAAGAUUUCAUUUUGGGGUACAAGCUGAAGAAGGAAGAGGUGGAGCGGAAGGAAACGGAGAUAUUUUUCCAACCUUCUACAGGCUAUCGGCCUCCACCCUUCUCUGAAAAGUUCUAUCUAAUUGUAAUUGAGAAGGACACCAAUGGCUGCUCAAUUCUUAACAUGUGGCAUUUGCACCUUAAGUCUGUCCAAGCAUGUUUAGGAUCCUCUGUUGAUGUUCAUUCGUUGGGACACCAGUUAACUGUUCCUGGGCAGCCAAUGGCUGAUUCUUCUCCAGAAACUUCACCUGGCACCAUGCCGAUGCUGCGUUCUUCAUCGGUGGCUAACCUUCAGACGGCUAGUAAACUUAUACUGAGCUCCAGCCUGGUUUACAGUUGCCCCUUGGAUCUGCCCCCUGGGGUGGAGGUGGUACGAGCUACUCCUUCUGCAGGGCACCUGAGCUCCUCCUCCAUCUAUCCUGUCUGUCUGGCCCCUUAUUUGUUGGUGACGUCCUGUUCAGACAAUAGAGUUCGAUUCUGGAGGUGUUCCCUAGAGACUACAGAAAAUGGCCAAGGUGGGUCAAAAGAAAGCUAUUCCUGGAAAAAAUGGCCUUUGAUGAACGAUGAGCAAGAAGAUGCCACCAGCACCGUUUGCAUUGUGGGGAGACCAGUUGCAGUUAGCUGCUCUUACACUGGCCGCUUGGCCGUAGCCUACAAGCAACCCAUUCAGCCGAGUGGAGUUGUUUCCAAAGAAUUUUCUAUGCACGUGUGUAUCUUUGAGUGCGAGUCCACUGGAGGAUCGGAAUGGGUUUUGGAACAGACCAUCCAUCUGGAUGACCUCGUUAAAGUCGGGAGCGUCCUGGAUUCCAGGGUUAGCGUAGACAGCAACUUAUUUGUCUACAGUAAAUCCGAAAUCUUUUUGAACAAAGACCGGAACCUUAUCCCAAACAUCAAGCACCUGGUCCACUUAGACUGGGUUUCCAAGGAAGAUGGUUCACAUAUACUUACAGUCGGGGUUGGUGCAAAUAUAUUCAUGUACGGACGUGUCUCGGGAAUUGUGACGGAACAAACCAGCAGCAAAGAUGGUCUGGCGGUCAUUACCUUACCGCUUGGCGGGAGCAUCAAGCAAGGCAUCAAGUCCAGAUGGAUCCUUCUGAGAUCCAUUGAUUUGGUGUCUUCAGUCGAUGGCACCCCGUCCUUGCCCGUUUCCCUUUCUUGGGUGAGAGAUGGCAUCCUGGUGGUGGGAAUGGACUGUGAAAUGCAUGUCUAUGCCCAGUGGAAGCACGUCCUAAAAUCUAGGAAUGCAGAAAGCAACGGUUUUCCCCGUGAUGAUUCCCACAUUACAGACCCACUCAAGGCUAGCUUGCUAGCCAAAAAAGCCAGCAUCAUUGACGGCGCGGGCGUGGUGGAUGAUGUCUUCGGAACCCCCACCGUCAUUCAAGAUGGCGGGCUCUUCGAAGCAGCUUUCGUGCUUUCGCCAACUCUGCCCCAGUAUCAUCCCACCCAGCUUCUAGAGCUGAUGGACUUGGGGAAAGUCCGCAGGGCGAAAGCUAUUCUCUCCCACCUUGUAAAAUGCAUCGCAGGCGAAGUCGCUAUCGUGAAAGACCCAGAAUCGGCCGGUGGGGGCUCCAAGCGCCAUCUCUCCCGCACCAUCAGCGUGAGUGGUAGCACAGCAAAGGAUGCGGUCACCACCGGGAAAGAAGGCACACGGGAUUACACAGAAAUCGAUUCCAUCCCACCAUUACCGUUGUACGCCUUGCUGGCAGCGGACCAAGACUCCACCUACAAAAUAGAGGAAGCUCCUAAACAAACCAAAGACCUGGAACAUCAUAGGAAGAGGAAGGCUGAGGAUCAAUACUCUGAUCUUUUCCAGGUCCAGCAGGUCACAACCGAUGACUUCAUUGAUUUUGAGCCAGAGAGAAGGGAACAUAAAUCCAAAGUGAUUAACCUUUCCCAAUACGGUCCAACGUACUUUGGCCAAGAACAUGCCAGUGUCCUGUCAAGCCAUUUAAUGCACUCAAGUUUGCCUGGACUGACUCGGCUGGAGCAAAUGUUCUUGGUAGCCCUAGCAGACACUGUGGCCACCACAAGUACUGAGCUGGAUGAAAACCGAGACAAGCACUACUCAGGGAGAGACACUUUAGAUGAGUGUGGUCUGAGGUAUCUACUAGCCAUGCGCUUACACACCUGCCUUUUAACAUCCCUUCCACCUUUAUAUCGUGUCCAGUUACUUCAUCAAGGGGUUUCAACGUGCCACUUUGCUUGGGCAUUUCAUUCAGAAGCAGAGGAAGAACUGAUCAAUACGAUUCCUGCCAUUCAAAGAGGAGACCCCCAGUGGUCUGAGCUAAGAGCCAUGGGGAUAGGUUGGUGGGUCAGGAACAUCAACACGCUUCGACGAUGCAUGGAAAAGGUAUGUCUUGAGAAGAUGGAAGACAUCCAGCUGGCUUUAAUAAUUGCUCGCUUGUAUGAGUCUGAGUUUGAAAUCUCCUCCGCCUACACAGCCAUUCUUUAUGAAAAAAUUUUGGGCUGUAAGAAAGAUGGAACUGGGUUCUGUUGCACAAAUUUGCAUCCAGAUCCUUUCCUGAGAAGUCUGGCCUACUGGGUAAUGAAAGAGUACACAAGAGCCCUUGACACCUUACUGGAACAAACCCCCAAAGAAGAAGAUGAAAAUCCAGUUAUUGUCAAAUCCUGCAACCCCGUGGUGUUCAGUUUCUACAACUAUCUGCGUACCCACCCUUUGCUCAUCCGAAGGAAUUUCUGCUCGCCCGAUGGGACAUUAGCAACAUUGGGGUUGCAAGCGGAUAAAAGUUUUGUGGACAAAAUUAAUCUCAUUGAACGAAAACUCUUCUUCACCACUGCAAAUGCUCAUUUCAAAGUCGGUUGCCCUGUCCUGGCACUGGAAGUGCUUUCAAAGCUUCCCAAAAUAAGAAGCAAGUCCACACUUACAGCCAAGAAAGGAGAACCCACUCCACUAAUGCAGAAUGGUCUGAAGGCAGACCCAAAUGCGUUAGACAAAGGCAGCACGGCAGAUUGGUCACAGCCGGUGGGCACUACGGAAGCUUCCUCCCUGGUUGACUGGAGCAAACCAUUGAUAACCUUUGAAGAUGAACCUCUGAAACUAGACUGGGGGAAUGACCAAAGCAGUUUACUUGAUGAGGAAGAAGAGAAAGGUUUGAUGAUGAAUGACCUAGAAAGUAAAGAACAAGAGGUCAAAAGUCCUGACCCCAGUCAAGGUGAGGAAGGUGAAAUCGACAAAACGGAGGUCGACGUGAUUGCCGAACAGCUCAAGUUCCGGGCCUGCCUAAAAAUCCUCAUGACGGAGUUGAGAACGUUGGCCACUGGCUACGAAGUAGAUGGCGGGAAGCUCCGGUUCCAGUUGUACAACUGGCUGGAGAAAGAAAUCGCCGCCUUGCACGAAAUUUGCAACCACGAGGCAACCCAGGGCAAAGACGACGGCCAAGCCGAGAGCCAAGUCAGCGGGGAUCUCUUGGGCCACCCAGAGAUGGGGGAGAAGAUGCCGUCGGGCUCCUACGAGUGGCAUCAGGUCGAGCGGCGGCGGCUGCAAAGCAAGCGAGAGCACGCAGAGCGGCGGAAAUGGUGGCUGCAGAAAAACCAGGCGCUUCUCCGGGUUUUCCUAAGCUAUUGCAGCCUUCACGGGGCACAGGGGGGCGGCCUGGCUUCCGUCAGAAUGGAGCUGAAGUUCUUGUUACAGGAAUCUCAGCAGGAAACUACUGUCAAACAACUACAGUCGCCACUUCCGCUUCCCACAACAUUACCGCUGCUCUCAGCCAGCAUCGCUGCCACAAAAACUGUGAUCGCCAACCCCGUCCUCUACUUAAACAACCACAUCCACGAUAUCCUCUACACGAUUGUCCAGAUGAAAAUGCCCCCACAUCCCAACGUCGAAGAUGUCAAGGUCCAUACUCUUUAUUCUUUAGCUGCUUCCCUCUCUGCAUCGAUUUAUCAAGCCUUAUGUGACAGCCAUAGCUACAGCAGUCAGACAGAAACAAAUCAGUUCACAGGAAUGGCUUACCAAGGACUGCUGUUAAGCGACCGUCGGCGUCUGAGGACAGAGAGCAUCGAAGAACACGUCACGCCAAAUUCACUGCCUGCCCAGUGGCCUGGUGUAAGCUCCCUCCUCAAUCUCUUAAAUUCAGCCCAAGAUGAGGAUCAGCCAAAGUUAAACAUCUUGCUUUGUGAAGCUGUGGUGGCCGUGUAUUUGAGUCUUCUCAUCCAUGCUCUGGCGAUAAAUGCUUCCAAUGAAUUAUUCCGGCUGGCAGCACAUCCUCUGAACAAUCGAAUGUGGGCAGCCAUCUUUGGAGGAGGCGUGAAACUUGUGGUUAAACCCAGGCGGCAAUCAGAAAAUAUUCCAGCUCCUCCAGUCCCUUCAGAAGAGACAGACAAGCAUCGGCGGAGAUUCAACAUGAGAAUGUUGGUGCCUGGAAGACCCGUCAAAGAGAGUGUGGUCCCUCCCCCAGUCCCUGCAGAAAGACCUUCUUAUAAAGAAAAAUUCAUCCCUCCAGAACUCAGCAUGUUAGACUAUUUUGUGGCUAAGCCCUUCCUUCCUUUUUCAGACAGUGGGGUGAUGUACGAUUCUGAUGAAAGCAUCCAUAGCGAGGAUGAAGACGAGGAUGCUUUCCUCUCUGAUGCGCAGCUUCAGGAGCACAAGGAUGCCAAUUCAUACAGCUGGGCUCUCAUCCAUUUGGCAAUGGUCAAACUUGCACUGAACAAUAUUAAGAACUUUUUCCCCAUUACCGGCUUAGAACUAUCUGAACUUCCCGUCACAUCACCUCUGGGUACCGCUGUGAUUAAAAAUCUGGAGAAUUGGGAACAGAUCCUGCAAGACAGAAUGGAUCGCUUUGAAGGUCCCCCACCAGAUUACAUCAAUACUUGUUUUCCUGAACAUGGGAUGGGAGCCGGCGCAGCUGCGGCCCGAAUCAAAGCAAUGGUUGAUCCUGAAAACACACCGUUUAAAUCAAAAGAUUACUCAGCAUUGCCAGCUAAGAGAUUGUGGCAUUUUCUGGUGAAACAAGAAUUAUUGCAAGAUACUUUCAUUCGAUACACGUUCACCAAGAAGAGAAAGCAAAGUGAGUCUGUAGAAGACAGCAAGGAGCAUGUCCCAAAACAGAGCAGCCCAGCAGAAGAUGAUUCCAAUAUUCUGUUUUUCACCUUUUUUUUUGGUAGUUCAGACGAUGUGGACUUUCGUGGCUCCACCACCACGCUGACACAGCCCAGCGCUGCAUCUUUUGCAAUGGCUCAAAUGCAGCACGUUUCGAAUCUGUCCACUUCAUCAAUGCCGUGGUUGGGCAGCGGGCAAACCAGUACCGGAGCUGGUAUACUCAUCAAACGGAAUUUGAACAACGUCAAGAGAAUGACAUCUCACCCCUUCCAUCAAUAUUAUCUUACUGGAGCCCAGGAUGGCAGCGUCCGAAUGUUUGAAUGGACCAGGCCUCAGCAGCUGGUUUGCUUCCGUCAAGCAGGCAACGCCAGGGUGACCAGAAUGUAUUUCAAUCCUCAGGGCAAUAAGUGUGGGGUGGCUGACGGAGAAGGAUUCUUAAGCAUUUGGCAAGUAAACCAAACUUCAAGUAAUCCCAAACCCUAUCUGAGUUGGCAGUGCCACAGCAAAACCACAAGUGACUUCGCCUUCGUUACCUCUUCGAGUCUAGUGGCCACAUCUGGACAGUCCAACGACAACCGAAAUGUGUGCUUGUGGGACACCUUGGUGUCAUCCUCUAACAACCUCAUACAUGCCUUCACGUGUCAUGAACAUGGCGCCACAGUGCUUCAGUAUGCACCGAAACAUCAGCUGCUGAUUUCCGGAGGCAGGAAAGGCCAUAUCUCCAUCUUUGACAUUCGGCAAAGGCAAGCCCUUCACACAUUUCAGGCACAUGAUUCUGCAAUCAAGGCCCUCGCCUUGGACUCCUCAGAAGAAUGUUUCUGCACAGGUUCUGCAGAAGGGAACGUGAAGGUCUGGAGACUGACCGGCUACAGUUUGAUCCAUUCCUUCAAACACGAACACGCUAAGCAAUCCAUUUUCCGCAACCUGAGUACAGGAGUCAUGCAGAUCGAAAUGGCUCCGGGCAAUCGCAUUUUCUCCUGCGGCGCAGACGGCACUCUGAAAAUGAGGGUUUUACCCAACGCUUUCAAUAUCCCCUCAGACCUCUGUGACAUUAUGUAGCCUCGGCAGCCGCCCCAUCGAAAGGAGAAGGCCUGGCCUUCCCUCAAGAGUUACAAGGAAUGCAGAAUACACUUGGCUUCCCAAGAAAUUAGUGCAACAUUUAAUACCAGUAUUGAAGUAGCAGGAAGAGCAAGGUUUACACACGCACGUUCAUAUUGUUCCAAGCACUGCAGUGGCGCACUCUAGGAGGGGCACCAAUCGUGGUUUGUUGGGGAAAGCAUGCCCUAUUUCAGAGUUAGAUUUUUCCGGGGGAUACAUAGUGGGCCUUUUCAGUGUUCUUCUUUCAACUGUCAUGUCCUCCCUCACUUGAAUAGUGUCUGUUUCCCUUCUGGUUAUGAAAGGGGAGAUAAGGAUUUCUGAGGGAGUGUAAGUUUUAUGGUGUUAUUUUUUUUUUAUAUUCGUAAUCAUUUCUUGGGGUCCUAUAACGAAUGACAAUAUGACGAAUGCACUAUUUGUGGGCUAAUGUGCAAUGAGGAAUGAUUUGGUGGCUCAGCAGGGUUAUUGUUUUUAAUUUAAUGUUGAGGGUUUGUUGAUUUUUUAAUUUUAUUUAAUGUUGAGAUCCUUUUCCAGUUAGCAUCAAUGCACAUAAUAACCGAGAUACGCUACAUUACGCAGUUACUAUAGUAUCAGUUUCUUUUUUUUCCAAAAUUGCACGUUCAUGUUGAUCGCUAUGGAUGGUCAACAUUUUUGAACCAUAAUAUUGCCAUCCAAAAUCAAAUCCUGGUGUUUCCAUGUUCCCAGCGUAUCUUUGUGCAAUAUUUAGCCCCUCGUUUGCUGUGAGUGUCCUCAUUUCUCAGUACCCUGGAUGAAAGAAGAAUCAAGAGGGAAAAGUGACAGAAGAGAUGACGGAGGAGGAAAGGACUUGUGUGUUUUCUGAAGACCUUCAUCUCAUACUACAUUCUACUUUUAGUGUUCCUCCUCUUCCCUCUAUUUAUUUUCAGCCUUGUCAUUUUGAUACAGGAAUGUAUUGUGGACACCAAAAGUUUUCAAGAAACUAUAGCUAGCAUCUCAUCAUGACUUGAGUUUUAUUUGGGCCAGUAAGCACACAUAUACACACAACACUUAAUUGAAUAAUACUAUGGGAAAAUGCAGUAGCAAACAUAUCCACUGCUCAUUUGAGAAACUGAUAUCAGCCUUCCACCUGGCCAGCUAAGAAAGAGUUGACAAAUUUAAACCAACUUCCGCAGCGUAAUUGUAUAAACUAUGCAGAGGUCACUCUUGUUUGCUUGUAAUAUACUAGCUCUUGUCAUAUCUAGACGUAUUUUCUCUGUUCUAAACAAGCCAACACAUUCUUACUAAGAGAAACAGCCGAUGUCUGUGUACUUCAAUGUUGAUGAAUUGUAUUAUUAUUAUUUUUUCCCUCUUGUGAGUGUUCGUGUAUGUGCUGUACUGUACAAGCGAAACAGAAGCCGGUGGGAUAAAUUGCACCUUUGCCUAAAAGCAAUUUUAAACUGCAAGCUGUGAAGUAUGUAUAUGAGAAGAAAGCAACUAUCAUUUGUUAGUUUUAUCUUUGGAAAUUAAAUAAAUUCCUUUUA